UAAAGAGCCCAAAAUUCCCUGUUGGAAAUUGCCUUUGAAGAAUUCGAUUCCACUCUGCGAGCAAACCGCGAAAACCGGAGAGGGGAGAAGAAAAAAAUGGGAAGUAGGAGUAGAGGGGAUGGAAACUACAGAAACCCAUGUCUCACAAUGCAUCAGCCAUGGGCUUCUUUGCUAGUUUAUGGCAUCAAGCGCAUUGAGGGCAGAUCUUGGCCUUCCCCCAUCCGAGGCCGACUUUGGAUUCAUGCUGCUAGUAAAGUGCCAGAUCCAGCCACAAUCAAAGCAAUGGAGGACUUCUAUAGAGCAAUCUAUGCAGUGAACGGGAUAACAGAUCUCAAGUUUCCAGAACACUACCCAAUUUCAAGGCUGUUAGGUUGCGUUGAAGUGGUUGGGUGUGUUACAUUGGACGAGCUAGUUAGCUGGGAGGAGCUUCCUAAAGGGGUACGGCUAGAGGGCCAAACAGAUUAUUGCUGGCUUUGCGAGCAACCACAGAAAUUGAUAGUACCAUUUGAGAUGCGUGGGUAUCAAGGCGUUUAUAACUUGGAGAAAAAGGUAUAUGAAGCAGCAGUGAGAGGCCUCAGUCCAGUCACACCUCCACUGCUGGUCAAGUUCCCACUUCCAGAUCCACGAGAUCUAUUCUCCUUGAAGCCAGGAUCACUUGCAUCUGACUCAAAGAACUCAAAAGCAAUUAAGAUGGAGAAACCGCCGAGUCUCGAUGCAGCCAUAGCGGGCGCCCGAGCUGCUGCUACACAAUUCUCAAAUAAGGACAGUUCCCCAUCAGAGAUCCAAGAUGGAGAUGCACCUAUUUCUGCAAGAACACGGAACAAGCGCAAGGAAGCAGUUGAGGGACAAGAUUCCAAAUUGGUUGGGGUAUCCAAUGCAAAAGAUUUCGGCGACCAAUGUAGUGCCGAAUAGCAACGCAAGCUCAAAAGGAAAUUACCGGCAAUCAAGCUUCUCUUUGUAACUGUAAAAGGUUUAUGCAUAAACUGUAAGUCGUCGCCUGUUGGACUAUGAUUUCCUUUUGUACGAUAUCUCCUAGUCAUGAAAUUCCUAAGUUUGGAUGUAAAUUGUGCCACACAGUGGCAAAUCGAAUGAGUAAAUAUUCUUCGGUUAGUUUAACUUAACGGGUCCGGGUUAAUACAGUAACUUUGUCACCAGUC